CAUGUUUUUCUAUAUACCCUAUACACUUUAAGGUCAAGAUGCAAUGGCCUUAAGCAAUGUUGAGUCUGAAAAGACCGUUACAACAUCGACCAACGUUUGCCUGCUGCUGGCUGCUGCUGCCCCCUCGCUCCCCCAGUCCCUCCAUCCCUCCCUCUUUCGGCAUCCCCAUCCCCCACUCAGCGGAAAGCUUGUGUUCCCAACGCCGCUGCUGGCCCGAAAUCGCUGGACUGGAGCAAAGCGAGAAUCUAGAAAACCGACAGCAUUUAACGUUACCUUACCAGUGCCAGCGAGCUUGAAGAUAUCUGAACACAAUUGGGAAUUUAGAUAACCACAUUAUACAUCAUCAGAUUUGCAUAUCCACUCCCACCUCUUCCUCAUUUGCAUACAGCGAGAAUGGCGAGCGGGCACCCCACUGACAAAUACAGUUUCAUGUACCAACCAGACACGCACAAGAGUAAAGCCAGAUUAUCCAGUACCAUGAAUCCUGUCUACAGUCCUGUUCAGCCCGGGGCCCCCUACGGCAAUCCAAAGAACAUGGCUUACACAGUCUUUUGUCCUGUCUCUGUAGGCUACCCAGGAGGAUACCCCACAGCCGCCCCCACCUACACACCCAACCUCUACCAGACGGGUAGUCCAGGGUACCCACCCGGAUACACCACUGCAGGUACACCGUAUAAAGUGCCCCCGACCCAGACGAACGGAGCCCCCCCUCCUUACACCCCCUCCCCCAAUCCAUACCAGACAACCAUGUACCCAAUCAGAAGCGCCUACCCGCAGCAAAGCAUGCAGAACCUGCAGAAUUUAUAUGCACAGGCAGCAGCGUAUUAUGGCCAGCCAGUGUUUGCGGCCCAGCCCUAUGGGGCGUACUACACCCAGCCGGUGUACGCGGCGCAGCCCCACGUCAUCCACCACACCACGGUGGUGCAGCCCAACAGCAUGCCCUCCGCCCUCUACCCGGCCCCGGUUCAGGCCCCUCGAAAUAACGGCAUGGCCGCCAUGGGGAUGGUGGCCGGGACCACCAUGGCAAUGAGCGCAGGAACCCUUCUGACCACGCCCCAGCAUGCUCAGCUUGGAGCCCACCAACACGUCGCCAUGCCACAGUACCGACCCCAGGGCACGCCUGGCUACAGCUACGUGCCCCCCCACUGGUAGAACCUCGACCACCCCACCCCCACCCCGAGAAGUCAUAUCUGGAGUCCAACAUCGUAUGCAACUACUCAAGUCUUACACGGGCUUCCUGUGGUCACCAUGGGAACCCCACUUCUGUCCGCAAGAACAAAAACUAAAGUGCAACGGCCACUUUAUGCAUUCUCCAGUGUUUUACAAAAGCUGCUUUUUUAAUUUUUUUACUCAACAAUUCUUUUCUCUUUUGAUUUGCCAAUAUGUCAUUGCAUUGUUUUCUUUUCUUCUUUUUUUUUUUUCUUCACUGGAACUCCAGAGUGACUGACCAAUCAUGGGUGUCUGUUGCUCCACAUGUGUUUGUCAUUCCGCCAGUGUUUUCCAUAUCCCAGUGCAGUGGUGGGAUGUACUGGGCACUUCUUCAUCACCAUCACCUUCAUCGUCACUACUGGCCAUCUUCAUCAUCAACUUAUGCUGCCAAAUUUUCUAACCAUUAGAUAUCAGCACAGGGUUUUGGGUUUGUUUUAAUCACUUACUUUUUUCCUUUCCAACAAAGCACUGUUUUGGGACAGGUACCUGUCAUCUUUCUCUCUUCAUCCUCUGUUCUGCUCGUUUUUCUGAUCUUCAGUUCAUCUUCCACUUCUGACAAAAAAAAAAGGGUUGUCUUCCAGCUUGUAGCUGUUUCAUAGACAGAUCUGUAAAGACUAGAUUUGAUGUCCUGACUAGAUCAGUAACAACUAGAUCUGCCGUGUGGCUGUUAAGACGUGGUGUGGAGUUUCACAUGGGCCGCAGUACUUACCAGUCACUGAGUUCACUUCAGUCUAGAGACCGUUUACGUCUUUUAGCUUAGACCAAUAAAUGAUAAGAUGUGAAUAUAUUUAUAUAACUGUGUGUACAGCACACACCUAUACACACAACUCUGACCUAAAGCUGGAUCACUUAAUGGCACUUAAAGUCAAUCGAAUAACCAUAUAUGGAAUGUGCCAACACACUAAAACACGCACAUACACUCACACAUCUGACCACUACCAACUGAUGGAGGGCCGUGUGUAGGAGUUAAAGGGAUGUGAAAGCCGAGCCGGGGGAGGGGCUUGCAGGUCUUCUAGGAAGGGAGCGUGUGUGUGCCCGUGUUUCAGGGUUUUACUGAACGAGUAGGGAUCAGUUUGAGGACAGGGGUCACAGCCAAGCAUGUCCGGUGCACGGAGCACAGAUCAAGUCGAUAAUUGCAAUAAUAGGUGGGAAAUGCCUGGUUACACACAUCCACACAGUUAGGACUUUCUAGUCAUUUUUAAAUUAAGAUUUAAAAUCCUUAUCCUGUUCAUCUUUAAAUCCGGAUUGUAGGCUUCGUAUCCGGCCUCGAUCCCUCGUAGUCACCCGUAUUGGAUUCUGAGGUGGAGCCAUACAUAUCAGAGUGGUUACUGCAUUCAUCUCACCUGGAAGUGUUGCAAACACAAAUGGAGAAUAAAAAAACUGACAAAACCUUUAGACUAAGUACUUUGUAGUGAAACCAAGGCAUUUUAAAAGGUUAUUUAAGGUAAUAAAUAUCAAGCGUUGAGUAAGACGUCUUUACUGGAUGAGCUUUGUACUAGUUAGUAUAAUUCUCAACAAUAGAAAAUGGCUUAUUGUUGUUCAUUUAUUUAAUUAACCACUAAUUCUGUGUUGUUUCACAUUGAGGUUAAGAAGAGGAAAAAAAAGCUGUUGCAUUUUGUUUUCCUUGAGUGGUUGUUUGAGCGUAAGAAUCGUUCACAUCCAGGGCUGGUGUGACUCAGCCCAUCACACCACUGUCCAUCUACAUGGUGAGUUUCAGUGUGUUCGUUCAAAGCAUGGUCGCGCCAACACAGAUGGCAGCUCCUGUCUGCUUUUAAAGAGACCCACCACAUUUAGGAUCUAAAACCACAGGGAACGAAGGCAGGGGGAGUGGUUCAUGUCUGAUCUCGGUAUUUCCAUGUCAGCUGUGUAUUUUAGUCUGUGUUGUUUAAUAAGUCUUGCAUAAAAUCCAGUUCUUGGUCUCUAUCAAAUCCCAAACGUUCUGUCUGAAAAUCUGGUCCUGGUGUCGGAUUGUUAUAAAUGACCUCAGUGUCCUGCCGUUGGGUUAGAACGGGUCUGUGAUUCUGUAAAUUCUCCCACACCACCAAUCGCUCCCUCGCCCUGUUUGGCUCUGCCUGGUCCUUUAAGCCAGGGCAGCCCCAUUUAGGUCCUGGAGGUCUGAGAGACUUUGUCUUUCUGCCUGCUGUUUAAUUGCACUCCCUCCGGUGUCCCAGGUGUAAGUUGGGUCCCUUGUUCGAAAAAGAAGGAUGGAACAAGGAACGUUUCAGUCCUUCAGGAAGGACAGUGGGCGGCCCUGCUCUUUAAGUGUCGGUUGUGGGCUGCCCUAGGCGCCUCUUCACGACGGUCAAAGAGAUGACGUGUGUCAUGAGAAAUGCAGUCUACUGGCAGAACGGAACGCACGCGAGUGACCGCGGCAGGACGUAUCAUGUAAUCAACCCUAGCUUGUUUGGGCCACCAGAGUCAGGUGCCCAGUCUGAAAUCAACCUCUACCUCCACACAUUGUAUGUAGAUCUGAGAGCGUUUGGAUGGGCUGAAGCAAGACGGUCGUUCAACUCGACUGAACCUACCUGUAGGUAACCAUCGGCGGUGCUAUUGUUACUGUGUUGCUUACACCCAUCUGAUGUUAUUUAAAAGGAGCUCGACGAGGGAGGAUUUUGGAAUGGGCAAAGGAAUUCCUUUUGGCAUUCUUCUCCUCAGCCUAAACGUGAGGACAGAAUGUGUUGGAUUUGCCUGAGCUGUGUCAAGUUGAGCGCUGUGAGUGUUAUUUAAGGUGUGUAUCAUUAUUACAGAGAGCGCAGGUCUCAGCGGGUCCGCAAACACGUUCUCACACUUUCUCCGAGGGGCUUGUUUCUGGCGUUCUCACACACACGUACUGUUGCUUAUGGUUUGCAUGUCGGUGUUUUUGAUGGUAGUGAUGUCAUCAGGAGUGUUGGCGUCAGCUCCUUUCAAUUAAGUCAGGGCUGCCCAAUCCUGUGCCUGGAGAUCUACUGUCCUGUAGUUUUUAUCUCCGACUGUGAUUUAGCACACCCGAUUCUAAUAAUUAGCUGGAUGAAAAGCUUAAUUGGGUUAUUCAAAAUGGGACUGAAGAGAACCUACCAGACAGUAGAUCUCCUGGAACAGGGUUGGGCAGCCCUGAUUUAAGGCACAUGGUCUGGGUGAGGGGGUGGUGUAGAAUUUGGAUGAAAGACGACUGCUUAUUUGAAAUGGAUUUGACCCCAACUCUGAUAAAAGCACUGAUACCUGCAUAGAUCAACAGGGAUACAUUUUUUGGUCGUCCUAAUCACAUUCAUCCCUUUUUGUAUCAUUCCAUCUGAAGACAUUCUCAAAAUAUACAGGAAAGUUGAUGAACAUUCGUACAAGAAUUGUUUGUUGUUGGGGUUCCUUUUUGUAUUUUGCUAAUCUUCGUUUCUUCACGACUAUGUGAAGCCCAAAUUAUACAAAUAUUUCCCCAGACAGUUUUUAUUACCUUUUCUGUUUUAUGUCUAAAAAUGUUACCUGUUUAAAACACUACUAUUUGAGGAAUAGUAGACUUUUUCUCCAUGUUCUGCAGCUUUCUUUUUUUCUUUUUUUUUUUUGGAGUUCCUCAGAUAUUAAUUUGAACACUAAAUGUGAUGCAAAAAGUGGAAAUUCCCCAUCUUCCAAAAUACUUUUAUCCCUGGAGCGAGUUUAGGAACAACCCCCUUGAAGUUUGGUACCCAGUUUGUUCAAACAAUGGUAGCAUUACCAUACCGUUGUGGCAAACUAUGGCACAACAUU